AUUUCUUACCGUCUGUUCCGGUCAGUGAAUGGUCAAUUUAAUUCGAACAAUGGGCUUCUGAUUCAUCUUUUGCAGAGGCAGAUAAGAAUGGUGGUCUCAUGGACAUACUACUCCGGAUCAGAAGUUCAAGUCAGCCGAUCAAUCGAGAAAGUUUCACCUGUCAAGAUAAGGAUGGCGGGAAAGGGCAUUACGAUCGGUAUGCAAACGACUGGGAAGAACGGUAACGAUAACAAUGAUAGUAUUUGGUGUUAUAGACCCGUCUCGUCGAGUGGAGGCUUAGCUCUUUCCUUUCUCUUUCACUGUCUCUUCCCUGUUCCUUGUCUUGAAAAUGCAGUUACCUGGAGACAGCACAUCCCUCAAGAUUCUGCAGACCAUUACCCAUUUGCAAACAAUACACUUGAACAGGACAAACAGACAAUUACCAACUCAAUCUCAAUCCCAAUCUCAACAACUCACAACACACAAACGCCUCUCCGAAGAGAACCAGUGAAGAAAAAGAAAAGUAGAAUAGAAAGACAAACCCCCAAACCCAAUCCCUGUACAUCCUCCAUCCUCUCCUCUCCCCUCUCCACUCCCACCAAAAACAAAACCCAAAACCCACUUUAAACCCACCAAGCAGAGCCCAGAACACCACUCCCCAUGCCACGGUACACUGAGAGACCAGCCCAAAGCACCACAACAAGACAAAGGCCCAAGCCCGAACCGACCGGGGCUCCGUCCGAAUGGCGGAAAACGGCUUUUCGUUCCUGGUCGGGUUUGUUCCUCUUACCUUCCCGGAUUGUGCCCAAUGAUAUUGCAAUUGGGUGGGGGACUGUGGCUAAGUCAGUAAGACAAGCGAUACAGGUGGGUGAGGAGAGAAAAACGGUCG